AUGCGGAUUUGCCUACAGACUCGAAGGAGACCUCAAGGUAAGCGACCCCCAGGUAAGCUAAAUACUACUUUGUUGUCUUUGCCUGCACAUCAUCUCCACUUCAUCAACGAACUAGCUCAACGGCUAGCCAAUCUUCCAGUGGCUGCUACCGCUGCCGCCGCCGCUAACGAGAACGCCUCCGUGGAGAACUGGUGGUGUCGAUUGCGGGACACAGUCCAGUCGACGGCGAUGGCCGUCCUCGAUCGCGCACGUCGCCAACGCCAGGACUGGUUUCAUGACAACGACGCCGCCAUCAGCACCCUGCUCGCCGAGAAGAACCGCCUGCACAUAUCCUACGUAGCCCGCACCAUCGACGACAACAGAGCUGUUUUCUACCGUAGUCGCCGCCUUGCUCGACAGCGACUGCGCGAGUUGCAGGCCGACUGGACGGCUCGCAGGGCCAAGGAGGUCCAAGGGUACGCCGGCCGCAGCGAAUGGAAGAACUUCUUUGCUGCGGUCAAAGCUGUCUGUGGUCCGCCAACCAAAGCAAUUGCUCCUCUUUUCAGCGCCGACGGAAAUACCCUACUCACUCAGAAGACACUAAUUCUACAGCGAUGGGCCGAACACUUCGGAGGCGUCCUCAACCGCCCCUCCACCAUCUCCGACGUCGUCUCGGCCCGUUUGCCUCCACUGGAGACCAACGCCGAUCUCGACCAUUCGCCCUCUCUCCAAGAAAUCAUCAGGGCCGUGCGGCAGCUCUGUAGCGCGAGAGCGCGCGAAUCGGACGCGAUUCCUGCUGAGAUCUACAAGCACGGUGGUCCCCAACUCAUGGAUCACCUGACGACGCUCUUCUGGGAGCUGUGGCGUCAAGGAGAAUUCCUCCAGAAUUUCAAGCACGCCACAAUCCUCCACCUCAACAAACGCAAAGAGGACCGUCAAAUCUGCGACAACCGCCGAGGCAUUUCCCCGCUGAACAUCGCUGGGAAAAUCCUCGCUAGCAACCUUCUCAACCGUCUGAGCAACCAUGUGGAUCAAGGUCUCCUGCCGGAGAGCCAGUGCGGUUUUCGCGUUAUUGUGGUACCACCGACAUGA